AUGACUCCCGAUUUUUGGACUGAACUCCGGGAUUACUGGCAUCAGCCCGAGGUUGAGGCUGUUUCAAAUCGAGCACGUGCCAACCGGAUGUCCGAGCCCGAUGGGGAGGGUACAGGGAUCAGUAGGCACGUGGGCGGGUCCCAGUCGACUCGUAUCCUGCAGCAGUAUAUGGGCUUGGAGCCUGAUUUUUCCCAGGAUUCACCGAACUAUGCCACCUUCCUCCGCCUCCACAUGUACCCCGACGGAAGUUUUACGUCUCUGAGAGAUGCAAGAAUUGACGCGGAGGUUCAUCAACUGGCCGCUGCCACAGGACGACAGGACCGGCUAGACGAGGUGUAUUUGGAGGUGGUGCAUCUGGAUAGGUCACGGAUCUACGACGUCGGGAGUGCCGGGCAGAGUCAGGCUAGUAGGGGGUCUAUCCGCAGCACGGGCAGUUCUGCGGUGUCUCAGCAGCUUUAUGAGACACGGAUCUCCACGCUGGAGGAGCGAUUGGCGGCAGAGCAAGCACAACGCCAACAGAUGGAGGACCGCAUGGCGGCAGAGCAAGCACAACGCCAACAGAUGGAGGAGCGCAUGGCGGCAGAGCAAGCAGCACGCCAACAGAUGCAGGACCGCAUGGCUCAAUUGGAGGCGUUUAUGAGGAUGUAUAAUGCUCAGCCACCUCCAGGGCCUGAUGCCGAUGAUGAUGAUGAUGAUGAUGAUGAUGAUGAUGAUGCUUAGAAUUAUUAAAACUAUAUAUUUAUGUUUUCAAACAAAAUUACAUUUGCACUUUCUUUUCAAAUUUAUGUUUUAUUGAACUAUAUAUUUCAAGUGCUUUAAUUAUUAAAACUAUAUAUGUUUUAUAUAUUUAUGGCAAUG